CCUCUCAUCCAUCUUGAAAUCGAAGCGACAUCAACCUCCCACCCUCCUCCUCUUCCACCUUUCCCUCUUCGAAUCUUCUCAACCUCUAUACCUCUCUUCCACUCUUGGUCUCUAAUACUGCUUCAGAAAUUUGUCGGUCAUGGGGCGUGGUUUGCUUGCCCUGAUCCUUGUCCUUGGAGCCGCCAUCGGGGCCGCCCGUGCGCAGAGCUGCGAUGAAGAGCUACCCGCCUCUCUCAGCAAUUAUUCAGGCCUUGCAUGCUCGGCCGUGUGGAAUAACUACAUCCUCAGGUACUCCAAGGACCAAGAUAACGUUUUGAGCAUCGUUCUAUCUACCGCAUAUGCCACUGGCUGGGUGGGGAUGGGAUUCUCAAAGGAUGGAAUGAUGGUUGGCUCCAGUGCAAUGGUGGGUUGGAUGGGCAAGACUGGGAUACCUCACAUCAAGCCAUACUAUUUAGGUGGAAAGUCUAGUUCAGAAGUCAAAUUAAACCAGGGACAGUUGCUUACUACCGCUGUUCAGCCUACAGUAGUGGUUGAACAGGCCAAAAUCUACAUAGCAUUCCAGUUGAAAUUUUCAGCUCCUGUUACUCAGCAAAAUCUUUUGUUUGCUUUUGGGAUGAAAAUUCCAGUCAAUAAGCACCUAACAAAACAUGAUGAUAAGACAUCUCUUUCCUUUGACUUCUCAUCAGGUACUUCAUCAGCUUCUUCUUCCUACCCAUCCAAUCUGAAAAGGGCCCAUGGAGCACUAGCUGUAUUUGGGUGGGGUGUGCUUCUACCUAUUGGAGCCAUUAUUGCAAGAUAUUGCAAGCAUCGGGAACCACUAUGGUAUUACCUUCAUGUGGUCAUUCAAUUUAUUGGAUUUAUUUUUGGUCUUGCGGCUGUGGUGGCUGGAAUCGCACUAUAUGACAAACUGCAUGCAAAUGUCACUGCACACAGGGGCCUAGGCAUUUUUGUCCUUGUGUUAGGUAUUCUUCAGGUGAUAGCCUUUUUUUUACGACCCAAUAAAGACUCCAAAAUCCGUAAAUACUGGAAUUGGUAUCACCACUGGACUGGGAGGCUUGCACUAUUCUUUGCAGCAGUUAAUAUCGUUCUUGGGAUUCAAGUUGGAGAUGCAGGGUCUUCCUGGAAAGUUGGUUAUGGUUUCAAUCUUGCUGUCCUGCUAAUUGCAUCGAUCAUUCUGGAAGUCCUGUUGUGGACUAGAUGGUCCAAGAGAAAUGUCGCUUAUACGACAAACUGAUGCAACUUGAUUGAUUGAUGGUUUUAUGAUCAUUAAGGUUAAAGUAUGGUUUUCAUUAGGUGUGAUGUUGAUAUAUAUAUAUAUAUAUAUAUAUAUAUAUUUUUUUUUGUUACAUAUCCUUCAAAAACCAUUUUCAGAUGAGCGAUCAUGGUCAGCAUUGGUGCUCCCACCUUUUCUCCAUUUUUGUAAAAAAAGUUGAUAAGUCUUGAUUUGACAUUGAAUUGAAAAGUUUCAUGCUCCUUUUCAUUUGGCAGAUUUC